AAACGCCAGACCUUGGGAUCAGUCUGCACUUUCUUUAGACUCGCCUGAUGGCUUAAUCAACAAAAACAAUGGCGGCCAAAUACACUCUGAGGAAGAAAUGGACCUCACCAUGACCGUUGCUGUACAUAUAAUGAAAACAACCUGGUGGAUGGUGUUUAUUGCCUCCCAGUAGGACACUGGAUUGAGGCCACUGGGCACACCAAUGAAAUGAAGCACACAACAGACUUCUAUUUUAAUAUUGCAGGCCACCAAGCCAUGCAUUAUUCAAGAAUUCUACCAAAUAUCUGGCUGGGUAGCUGCCCUCGCCAACUAGAACAUGUGACCAUCAAGCUGAAGCAUGAAUUGGGAAUUACAGCUGUCAUGAAUUUCCAGACCGAAUGGGAUAUCAUCCAGAAUUCUUCAGGCUGUAACCGCUACCCUGAACCCAUGACUCCAGACACCAUGAUGAAGCUGUACAAGGAAGAAGGAUUAGCCUACAUCUGGAUGCCCACACCAGACAUGAGCACUGAGGGCCGAGUGCAGAUGCUGCCACAGGCAGUGUGCCUCCUGCACGCCCUUCUGGAGAAUGGACACACUGUGUAUGUCCACUGCAACGCUGGGGUGGGCCGCUCCACAGCCGCAGUGUGCGGCUGGCUCCACUACGUGAUUGGCUGGAGCCUUCGGAAGGUGCAGUACUUCAUCAUGGCCAAGAGGCCUGCAGUCUACAUUGAUGAAGAAGCCUUGGCCCAGGCACAGGAAGACUUUUUUCAGAAGUUUGGGAAGGUUCACUCUUCCAUAUGCAGCUUAUAGGUGACCAGCCUGCCUCUCCUUCUAGUUGUCUUAAUAAGGAACCAGGGGUGUGGUUAGUGGAAGCUCUAUAGACAAAGACCCCAUCAGAACUGAGGGGACUUUAGCCCCCAGGUCAUGUGUGGAUACCCUCUAUUACAGCUUGGUAGGGCUUAUCUUUGAAAUAUUUUGCAAAGGAAACUGCACGCCACGUGAGAACAAUUCGAAGUCAGCUGGGCAGCGUUAUGUAUAUAUGUAGUUGCUGCCACCAUAGGCUGUUAUGGAUUUGUGAUGCUUUGGCAUGCAGAAGACGAGAGAGUGGCCAUGUGGAUUUGAUCAUCUCUCUCUCUCUCUCUCUCUCUCUCUCUCUCUCUCUCUCACACACACACACACACACACACACACACACACACACACACGGCAUAUGCACAUAUUCAAAACACAUACAGCAUUUUACUGAACUGAAAUUCUAGUCAUUUGCUGGUGGAAGAGAUAAAUAUAUAAACCUGAAUGUGACAGAGAAAGAGCUCACUAUGGCCAUAAAACAGUGGCUUUCUCUUCCUUUUUUUUAUUAGAAAGAAGAUUAUUUUACAUGUCAAUCCCAGGUCCCUUUCCCUUCCCUCCUCCCCUGCCCCCCCCCAACUAACUCCCUACCUAUCCCAUACUCUUUCU